AUGAAGUCGUUCAGCGUGACCGUCCCGUCCGAGAUCGUCCCCGCCGCGGACGACGCGAGCGCGGCGUCCAAGGACGAGCCCGCGGCGGGCGCGUCGUCCGCCUCGAAGGGUUCGGGAUCUGGACCGGGCGCGAAGACGCCGGACGACGGGUGGCCCGGGCCGUGGUUCACCGUCCUCGCCGCGUGCGUCUACGCCCUCGCCGCGCUGUAUCAGUGGCGGUACCCGACCUCGGGGCUCGUGGAGGACGAGAUGACGACUCUCGCGAUACGUCGCGUGAACGGCGUCGUGCGCGACGCCGCGUGCGGCGGGUGGGAGAUGAGCGACGGGACGUGGAGCUCGUUCGCGGGGAGCGGCACGGCGUGGCACCUGGGCGCGAUCGCGCGCGAGCGAUGCGGCGCGAAAAAGCUGAGCCAUCUCGCGGCGGCCGAGGUCAUCGACGGGAGGCGCGUCGUCGUGAUCGGCGACUCGAGCGCGCGGCACGUCUACGCCGCGAUCGUGCGCGCUGCGCACGCGAACGCCAGCGCGUGGAGCGAGGCGAGAGACAUGGACGCGGUCGCGAACGGAGAGAAGCAUCGCGACUGGGAGUUUCCGACGCCCGGCGUUCGCGGCGGCGGGAUCGCCGCGUUCAAGUGGGCGCCGUACGCGCAGAACAUCACGUCGUACCUCGCGGAGAUCGAGCGCGGCGAGGAGCCGGCACCGGACGUCCUCGUCAUGGGGGCGGCGCUGUGGCACGCGUUGCACGUGCGAUCGGAGGAGGAGUACCUCGCCGCGCUGAGAGGGCUCAAGACGCAGCUGGCGAAGACGACCGCCGCCGUCGCCGCGACGCCGGCGUCUUUCGCGUCCGACGGCGACGGCGACGGCGGCGACGACGGGAGCGGAGGCGGCGACGACGCGGAGGAGACGCCGGGACGGACGCGCGGGGCCCCGCGCGCGUUUUGGCUCGCGUCGACGACGACGGACCCGACGCUCUUCUCCGACGCGGCGAAGCGCGAGCACAUGACGCCGAAGCGCGUCAAGGCGUUCAACGCGGUCGCGAUCGAGUCGGGUCUCGUGCCGCCGCGUCCAAUCGCCGGCGCCGGCGUUCCCUCCGCGGAGGAGGAGGACGCGGCGCCGCCGCCGCCGCCGCCGCCCGCGGCGCCGUGCCAGCCGAUCGAUUUGGAACGGAUCACGACGACGUGCGGGUGGAAGUGCACGAAGGACGGCGUGCAUUACAAGCCGGAGGCGUACGACGCCGCCGCGAGCGCGGUUCUGAACGCGCUGCGGGCGAACCCGGGGUGGGGGGUCGCGCGGUGA